AGGAGGAGAGGAGGGCCACGGGGAAAGGGGAGGGUUGGAGGAAGGACGGAGAACUCAGGCCGAGGGCUUCACAGUGGAGGCUGGUGCGCCGCCGGGCGCUCUCCCUCCAUACUCAGUGCUCAGUAAUGGCCCGGGGGCGGGGCGCAGCCCUCCCCCGUUUUCAGAGGUAGCAGAGAUCCUCACCCAGGAGGUGUCAGCCCAGGCCCAGCCUCCCCAGAGACAGCACCCCGGAGCCACAUCUCUCUCCUCACUCUGCUUGGACCCUGCACAGGAACCCUGGAAGCCUGGCUGUGUGGGUUGGGGUAUGGCUGAGAUGACCCUGCAGGGACAUAGGACAGAGAGGUCCAGUGUCCCCAGAGACCAUUCCUCCUCUGCUGCCUCCAGCUGAUAAACCUCUUAUCUGGCACAAGCAGGGGAGCCCAGAGCCAGGAUAGGAGGAGAAGGCAGGGCUGCUAUCAGCCACCAGGCCUGGGCCAUAUCUCAGAGAAGGGGAGGGGCUGUCUGCUUGGCUCUUCCCACAACACACUCCUUGGGGAUCCCCAAGCACUUACUCUCAUCUUGAGAACAUGAGACAGAGGAGGAAAACUGAGGACAGAGGAGGAAAGCCAGAGUGAUCCCUGAUGUUGCCCCAGAACAAGGGAAAAAAACCAAACCAAAACAAACCAGAAGAUGUGACUUCUGCCCUGCCCAGCAAUACGGUUUUGGGGGAGUAAGAAGUAGGAGAAAGAGAAGGAGGUGUCUUGUCUGAAAAAGAAGGUGAAGCCCUACUGUGCUCCCAAAGGAACCGACUACAGCUACAGCAGGUUGCAGGGGCCUUUUGGGCUUUGGGGACCCUGGACCAGGCCCUGGCCCAGUAGGAUGCCCCCGUGUCCUCCCCAGCAGAGCAGGAACAGGGUGACACAGUUGCCCACUCUGGAGCUGGGCGAGAUGGAACUGACCUGGCAAGAGAUCAUGUCCAUCACUGAGCUGCAGGGACUAAAUGCUCCAAGUGAGACGUCGUUUGAGCCCCCUGCCCAGGCCCCAUACCCUGGACCCCCACCGCCCCCAAGUUACUGCCCCUGCUCAAUCCACCCAGAUGCUGGCUUCUCCCUUCCUCCACCACCCUAUGAGCUCCCAGCACCCACAUCUCAUGUCCCAGACCCCUCAUACUCCUAUGGCAACAUGGCCAUACCAGUCUCCAAGCCACUGACUCUCUCCGGUCUGCUCAGUGAGCCCCUCUCAGAUCCUUUGGCUCUCCUGGACAUUGGGCUGCCAGGGGGGCCCCCCAAGCCUCAAGAAGACCCAGAAUCUGACUCAGGAUUAUCCCUCAACUAUAGCGAUGCUGAAUCUCUUGAGCUGGAGGGGACAGAGGCUGGCCGACGGCGCGGCGAGUAUGUAGAGAUGUACCCGGUGGAGUACCCCUACUCACUUAUGCCCAAUUCCUUAGCCCACCCCAACUAUGCCUUGCCACCUGCAGAGACCCCCUUAGCCUUAGAACCCUCCUCAGGCCCUGUGCGGGCCAAGUCCACUGCACGGGGGGAGGCGGGGAGUCGGGAUGAGCGACGGGCCCUGGCCAUGAAGAUUCCCUUCCCGACGGACAAGAUUGUCAACUUGCCAGUAGAUGACUUUAAUGAGCUGUUGGCGCGGUACCCACUGACGGAGAGCCAGCUGGCAUUGGUCCGGGACAUCCGACGGCGGGGUAAGAACAAGGUGGCCGCCCAGAACUGUCGCAAGAGAAAGUUGGAGACCAUCGUGCAGUUGGAGCGGGAACUGGAGAGGCUGGGCAGCGAGCGGGAGCGGCUCCUCCGGGCCAGAGGGGAGGCCGACCGGACCCUGGAGGUCAUGCGCCAACAGCUGACAGAGCUGUACUGUGACAUUUUCCAGCACCUGCGGGAUGAAGCCGGCAACAGCUACUCCCCUGAAGAGUAUGCUUUGCAACAGGCCGCUGAUGGGGCCAUCUUCCUGGUGCCCCGGGGGACCAAGAUGGAGGCCACAGACUGAGCUGGCCGAAGGGGUGGGACUGUGAUGGAGAUUUCCUUUAGUCCCUUCCGAUCAAGGUACUCCCCAACCCUGAGGCCCAGAAGGAACUGGGUUCUCUAGACCAGAAGGGGACAGUGGGAAACCUGACGUUUGGAGGGUCCACAGCGUGUUCAGGAAGGCUUGCCUUGAGACAAGCACGUGAGGGGAGGGUUGGAAUCUCUUUGCCGUGAUUCAGCUUCCCGGGGCUCCAACCUCCUCCUCUUGUUUGAGCUUUGAUAUAUAAAGUGCUCUACACUAAUAGCCUUCCACUGUGUCUUCCUUCUCGAGAGAGGGUGACGAGCUGAGCACUUCAAGUUCACCGCUUGGUGGUGAUGGGGAGGGAACCCUGCCAGGCUCGUUUCUUUCCCCUACAACUCUGUAUGAGAGAGGUACGCAAGAAAUUUGGGCUUGAGCAGUGUGGAGACCUACCUGCUUAAUCUCCUUUUGCAGAGCCAGGCGCCGUGGAUGAUCUGAGGAAGCCGACCCUCCCGGGUGGCCCAGGAUUCAGAGAGCUGAGAUUGUGGCCCAAACUGACUGCACCCUUGGUGCAAGGUCUCUGAAGUUUAGGCCUCUCCUUUCCCAAUCUUUGGAGCAACAGAAAAGCCUAGAAUGCCCACAGGCCUUUUUCUUGUUCUCUCCCUGCUGUCUACUUCCGCAGGACUUCCUCAUCAUGAUUGUGCCAGAGCUCUAUUCAGAAGACUGAGAUGGUCUUGAUUGGAAUGAGAUAGUUUGAUUGGCCAUCAGAGUUUCAAGGGAUUUCAUACCCAAGUCUGGGCAAAACCUGCUCCAGCAUGGAGCAGGAUAUGAAUUUUGGUAACAUUUUCUAUCUCCUUGGUUAUGUUAGACACACUACCCUGCUCUUGUUUGGGGCCCUCCCUUUUCUAGAUCCUUGAAGAUCUAGGGCCUCUUAUUUUUCUCUUGAAGCAGAACAUGAUUGAAUGUCAGAAUCUGGGGUACCUGGGUGGCUCAGUUGGUUAAGCAUCUGACUCUGGAUUUGGGCUCAGGUCAUGGUCUCCCAGUUUGUGAGUUCGAGUCCCGCAUUAGGCUCUGUGCAGAGCCUACUUGGGAUUCUCUGGUCUCUCCCUCUCUCUCUCUCUCUGGCCCUCAGUCUCUCAAAAAGAAACAUAUAGAAACAAGUUUCAGAAUCCAUCACAUCAAAAUCCAAACUUUUGACAUGACACCUUCAUCUCCCAAGCUGGAGUCAGGUGGUUCCCCAUCUUUCUAGUCAUUGAAUUACACCAAUUACCUCUUUAGGGUAUUUUACUUCUAUUUACCUUUCUAUUCAAUUUGACUAGCUCCAUUCCAACAAGGAAAACUUACUUUCAAGUUCUCAUAGACAGUUGUGAGACAUAAAAGGCAGUGAUCAAAAGAGGUGUGGAAUCCUUAUGCCUAUAGAUUCCCAGGAACAUGGUCUCUAGCCUAGGUUUAGGGAAUGAAAGCAACUUAAAGCUGAUUCCUAGUAGAUCUUUUAAAAACAGUUUAGACAACCUGUCGACUUUGUUUUCUAAAAAAAAAAAAAAAAAAGAAAACGUGGGA